AUGGAGGUCGGUGAACCCUCCAAUGCUGCUGCGGCUGCCGCUCUAGCCGGUACGGUUCAUGAGGUUGGUUCUUCCUCCUCAUCGGCAGGUGCCGCUGCUUUGUUUAACUCUAUUCAGCAGCAGCAGCAGAUUCCUCCUCCGGGGGCUCCAAAUGUUGGACUCUAUGAGCAACCUUGGAAUCAGACUCAGAAUCAGUAUCAACAGCAAAGCUUUGUGGAGAUGAUGAAUGAGCAAAUGGGGUUUCAGUUCAUGGGUCAUACCACCACCACCACCAACCGCAGCAGCAGCAGAUCCCCGGUGAUUCCUCCAUCGCUCCGGCCAGCCGCCAGCUCAAGCAGUACGAACCCCGUUACCGGGCCAAACCCCACCACCAACACAUUUGGUUCCCAUAGGACUUUCGAGAGUUGA